CUUCAUCUUGAUUACCCCGACAAAACACUUUCAUCAUCACACACUAUGAGCAACCUGGAGAUUCAAUUGGAUCAUCUCGCGAAUCGAUUCGGACCAUUCAAUGGAGCUUGCUUAUUUGCCGCUUUGCUCAUUCCUGGUAUUGUCUACCUGCUCUUCAUUAGACCUCUCCUCUCGCCUCUUUCUCGACUGCCGGGGCCUAAGAACGAUAGUAUUCUAUUUGGAAACCUAGGUGUGACAUUUGGUCCUGAAGGUGGUGUACGCCAAUGGCAUAAAGAUUUCGGUAACACAUUGCGCAUGCGAGGGUUUUUUGGUCAAGUUCACUUGAGCACUAUUGAUCCAAAGGCUCUUAAUCACAUCUUGGUCUCACGCGCAUACGCUUACCCUAAAUCGGAGCAAACCCGUCGCAGCCUUGGUAGUCUAGUCGGUCAUGGCUUGUUAUUUGCGGAAGGUGAAACGCAUACACGUCAGAAGCGUAUCCUAGGACCUGUGUUUUCCCCCGUCCAAAUCAAAGAGCUGGCGCCUGUGGUAUACGAGUAUGCCUAUUUGCUGAGAGACAAAUGGACCGAUUUGAUACGUAGCUCCCAGAAGCCCUACGUCGUCAUCAACGUCCUUCCCUGGUUGAGUCGUACCACUUUGGACAUUAUUGGUUCAGCUGGUUUUGGAUAUCAGUUCAAGGCUUUGGAGAACGACGAGAACAGUAGUUCAAUGGGCAAAGCUUUCCACAAACUAACAUUAUUGAGUUCCGAAGGGCGUACUCCUCUUAAGCUUUGGAUUGCCAAUAUGAUUCGGGCCAUUCCGCCUUCAUUACGACUGUAUGAACCGACCCCAAUGAAAAUGGCUGGUACAUGUUUAAAAAACAUGGAGCAUGAAAGCAGGACUCUUUUCUCUCAUAAGAAAAAGGAAGUUGAGGCCGGAGGUAUCGUUGGUGGGAAGGAUCUCAUCAGUGUCCUUGUUCGUGCAAAUACAAUGUCUGAGGGGAAAGAACGUCUAACCGAUGACGAAGUAAUCGCACAGGUUUCCACCGCUAAUUCUCUCACCUGGAUGCUAUGGAUCCUAGCCAAGCAUCCUAACGUCCAGGACAAGCUAAGGAAGGAACUUCAAGAGUCAAGUGUCGCAUCAAGUGAAAGCGAGGAAGAAAUUCCAAUAGAACAACUCAAUUCCUUGACAUACCUGGACGCGGUCUGCCGAGAGACGCUUCGUUUUCUUCCACCUGUCAGCCAAACGGCCAGGGAAGCGUCGAUGGCCGAUACGAUUCCAGUGAGCGGGGAUGGAGAACCGAUUCAUAUUGAAGCUGGACAAUGGAUUUUGAUUCCUAUCAUCGCAUUCAAUUUAUCUAAAGCUGCUUUUGGAGCGGAUGCUGAAGUCUUUCGUCCAGAUAGAUGGAUUGAAAAGGGUCCAGUGAGCGCUUUACCUGGCAUUUGGUCAGGCUUGUUAACCUUUUUAGGUGGACCUAGAGCUUGUAUUGGGUAUCGGUUUGCUCUUAUGGAAUUGAAAGUCUUGGUUGCUGUCAUCAUAAGUCAUUUUCGGUUUGACGAACGUGAUGGGUUGGGUUGUGGGCCAGAAAUCGAACGUCACGUCAGCAUUGUGAUGCGACCAAAUGUCCAAGGCAAGAAUUCGGGCAUCUCAAUGCCUUUACGUGUUAGUUUAGUUGAAUCACCCUGAUUAUCUGUCAUGUUACAUCGUGAACUAAGUAUUUUGAGAAGAGUUGGUGCAUCCCUGAUCCAAAUGUACUAUGUGAAAGGGUUGGAGUCAUAAAACAUGAUGGCUUGAACUCAAAGUACUAUUUUUUAUCUAUCUGAGUUUCUAUUUUAUGUUGUUAUAACUUAUCCUUUUCCUCGAAAUCCCAAGAGCAAGAUUAUUCUUAUUCUCUCUAUGCAUACUAGACUUUGAACUUAUCUUCUGAUCAUGUUAGAUUUUUCCUUCCAAUAUAAAUGUUUUCAUUCACACCUGCAACUGACUGAAUGAGGAUGUAUCCACAAAUUUUUGAACCUCAUGAGUUUUACAAUUAUGUUUCUGGUAAAUAUUUUAUGUAUUACCACAAAGUGUCAGACUUCUUCUCUUGGCUGAUUAGCAUAUCACAAUAGGACAGUAUUUGAUACAAUGCAAUUCUUGUUCACUCUAUCU